AUGGCGCCGGAAGCCGAUCCUCACACAGUGGCACCCAGGGACGAUUACAUCUUCAGCCGAGACUUCCUGGACAUCAACCGGAUGAACCUGCUGCACAGUCUUUGGGUCAAGAUCUUCGGCUAUGUGAUUCACCCAAAGAUUCCCAAAGACGGACAGGAUCUGCGAGUGGCAGACAUCGGCACCGGUACGGGUAUCUGGCUGCUCGACGCCAGAGACUCGAUUAGCCCCUCCGCCCGACUCGAUGGUUUCGAUAUCUCGCUCGAUGGCGUACCCCCGGCCGAUACGCUUCCUUCAAACGUGAAGUUCAGGCACUGGGACCUGAAGGAGGACUUGCCUGAGGAUCUUGUCGGCGUGUUUGACAUCGUCCAUCUGCGCUCGUUGUCCUUUGUUCUGUUGAAUGAUCAGGUUCCAGCUGCGGUGGAACGAAUCGUCAAGAUGCUUAAGCCGGGUGGUUAUAUCCAAUGGGGAGAGCCCGACUUUGAGUCGAUCCGCACGGACAAGACCAGUCCGGAGAUCAAGACAGAGGGUCUAUCCGAACUGCACGAACUGUUCUCUAUCCAGGAUCCACGUGCAAAGCCAACAUGGCUCGCUGGUCUACCCGCCACCUUGUCGGCAGCGGGUUUCGUCCAAGUGGAAGUGGACAAGAGCGACCCGCCUCCGCACAUGGCGUUUGUUCUACACGAGUGUGGGCUGAUAAUGUAUGAGAUAUUCCGCCGCAAGACGCAGAACGAGAAGGUACGACAGCAGCUCGGUCGGAUUCUGCCCUUGGCAGUUGAGGAGACGAGGCAGGGGGCUUACACAACCGCUGUGCGGUGGACCGUGAUUGCUAGGAAGCCUGUUAGUGAGGCUUGA